UCUUGCGAAUUUCUCACAGAGACACCUCCUCCUCUCACCACACCACAAAUUCAUCACCACUGUGACGACAGGACACAGUCGUCGCGCACACUAUCAAAGUGUCGCUCCCUUCGCUUUCACGAAUCCUCUUCUUUUCUUCGUCACUCGCAGCCGGUUCUGCUUUCAACAGCUCAGCACGAUCUGCGCCGAGAGUCCUUGCACUCUACACACAAACACAAAUCCGGACAUACGCGAGCAAGAAGAAGAAAAUGCCUCCUAAGAAGGAAGUGAAGCAGGAGAAGGUCCUACUUGGGCGACCUGGCAACAGCUUGAAGAGUGGGAUCGUUGGUCUUGCAAACGUAGGAAAGUCGACGUUCUUCCAGGCAAUCACAAAAUGCCCAUUGGGUAACCCAGCCAACUUCCCAUAUGCUACCAUCGACCCCGAGGAAGCGCGCGUCCUAGUGCCUGACGAGCGCUACGACUGGCUUGUCGACCACUACAAGCCCAAGUCGCGCGUGCCUGCCGAUUUGACUGUGUACGAUAUCGCCGGUCUCACACGUGGUGCGUCGACUGGUGCAGGUCUCGGAAAUGCCUUCUUGUCACAUAUUCGAGCUGUCGACGCAUGUUUCCAGGUCGUGCGCUGCUUCGACGAUGCAGAGAUUAUCCACGUGGAGGGCGAUGUUGACCCGAUCCGAGAUCUCGAGAUUAUCGCUGAAGAGCUUCGGAUCAAGGACAUCGAGUUCGUUGAGAAGGCAUACGAGAACUACCAAAAGCAGACUCGCCGCGGUGGCCAGUCACUUGAAAUGAAGAAGCUCAAGGAAGAGCAAGCAUGCGUUGAGAAAGUGCUCGAGCACCUUAAGGCGGGCAAAGAUGUCCGCAAGGGCGACUGGACUCCAAAAGAGGUCGAGGCAAUCAACCCACUGUUCCUUUUGACGGCGAAGCCUGUGGUCUUCCUUGUCAACCUGAGUGAGAAAGACUACAUUCGCCAGAAGAACAAGCACCUGCCGAAGAUUGCAGAGUGGGUCAAAGAGCACGCAACCGGUGAUCCUAUCAUUCCAAUCUCAGUUUCCUUCGAGGAGCGUCUAUCAAGAUUUGAAACGGUAGCAGAGGCAGAUGAAGAGGCAAAGAAGCUGGGCACCAAAUCUGCAUUGCCCAAGAUCAUCACCACCAUGCGCAAAGCGCUUGAUCUUGGCUCUUUCUUCACAACUGGAACUGAUGAGGUACGGCAAUGGACGAUCAGAAAUGGCACCAAGGCGCCUCGUGCUGCUGGUGUGAUUCACGGCGAUUUUGAGAAGACCUUCAUCCAGGCUAUCGUGUACAACUUCAAAACAUUAAAGGAGCUGGGCAACGAAGCGGAAGUAAAAGCACAGGGCAAGGUGAUGACCAAGGGUAAGGAUUAUGUCGUCGAGGAUGGAGACAUCUUGCUAUUCAAGGCUGGAGCUGCCAAGUCAUAGAUGGCUGGGUAAGCUAUGCUGUGCCUCCGCAGGGUAGAUUACAUGCAUGUUGAUGAAUGAAGACCUUGACUCUACGUCGGUCUUAAUGAAGAAUGCCACCAUUUCAAGUGAAUCGCAAUAAUACACUGCCGUCUCACCACAUGACCACUACUACAUUUCGUCCGGUAUGACCACUUUCGCACACGCACCAAUCCGCUGUAGCUCUGGCUAUCUGU